AUCUUAGUGGAUGUUUUAGAAAUUAUGGAAAGAGUAUGUUGGAGGACGUGAAGCGAAUACCAGAGCUGUCACGUCAGUAAAGUGGAAAGCAGCGGUGGGUGGGUUGGAAGUGCUUGUAUGCGGUAUGAGGCAGGUUGAGGAUGGAACAGGGAGAGGCAAUAUGCCGGUGAGGGACGUACAACACGAAGGGAUUCAUGGUAUACUGCUUGUUAUGGGCAGGUACGUCCCUGUCAUGUGGCUUACCCAACGGUUGGGCCGGCGAACAACCAUUACCACCCUUUACUCAUUACUUCCAUUAUACUUCCAUUAUAUCGCCUUGCUCUGCCCUUGCUUCCCUUCAGCGCGUCAAGGCGCAGUUGGUUUCAAUUCCAUGUCCUCAAAUGACCCCGACCCGGACGAUAUCCUUGAUUCUCCCUCGACAACAGAUUCCCUUUCUCCGCCUAUAACGAUACAUCCUCUGGCCUAUCCACCCAUGUCUCUGCACAUGUAUCCGUAUCCACAAGGCCUGGUUCCUACUCAGCCUCUCCGCUUGAAGCGUCGUCAGGUCAAGAACGCAUGCACCAAUUGUCAGAAGGCCUGCAAAAAGUGCGACGACGCCAGGCCCUGUCUUCGCUGUGUCAAGUAUGGCGUCUCUGAGGAGUGUGUCGACUCGCAACGCAAGGAGCGAAGGAAGGGGAUUAAGCGAGGCCCCUACAAGAAGCGCGAUGGAAAAGGCAAUGCCUCUGACCAGGUCGACGACCCUCAAGGCUUGCCUAUCAAUGGAGUUCCGGCCCAACCCUCCGGUUCUCCCCCUACUGCUCCCUACAUGGGGCCUGUAGGUUAUCCUCCGGGUUACUAUGGUCAAUAUCCGCCGCCGCCUCUCGGAAAGCCUGGAGAGGCGGCUUCUUUCUACCCUCAGUUUUUCAUCACCUCUGUCCCACCACCUCCUCCGUCUUUGCAGCAUACCCAGGAGGGCGAUGCACAGGCUUAUCCCCCUCAAUCUCCCCCCCAGUUUUAUCCAACCACCUUCCUUGCUCCGUAUGCCCAACCAUAUCCAUCAUACGUCGUAGCCAGGCCGGAUUCUCAGGUUCAGAUGCCCGCGGCGCCUUAUACAUAUCCGUCGCCAGUGUAUGGGAAGCAGCCGGUUGAAAUGGGUAUCGCCGGUGAUCACAACGGAGUCGACAAGUAGUUCUGUGGAUGCGGUUCUUUUUUUGCUGUUCUUGAACGUGUUUUGUAUUUAUCUCUACAUACACUCCUUGCUCGCUAUCUUUGCUUAAUAUUUGAUGCUUCCCUCCUUGUACAUUCUAGCUACACCUGUAUACAUGCUUCCAAAAUGAAUAAUCAGUAGUCGUGUUCUCUUUCAUUG